AUGCUCUGGGUGCUGAAGAGGAAGAAGGUAUUGCUGGACUGCCCGUUUCUGUCCAGGUCGGAAGUUCCAUUAUUUCGACCCGUUUUCUACAACUCUUCAGGGAAGUAUCCACACCUGAACCUGAAUCACGGACGAAGCUUUUCAGCUUUUCUUUCUGCUCCUAUCGAGCCGACCAACCAGCUGCCAACUCCCCCAUCCAUUGUGAGCGUGCAUCGAAACGCCAACAUACAGCAGAAUGGCCAAAAGGCCGGAGCCGUUAAAACACCUCCGAAGUCGCGCUACGUUGAUCUACUUCCACAAAGGCCGAGGGCGACUCCCGAGAACGAGGGAGAUGAGGAGGACGAAGACGCCUCGGAGAGCGAGGAAGUAGAAGGCUCCGAGGAGGAAUCGGGGGACGAGGGCGGCGCUGAAUUGGGCUCCGAAGGUUCGGAUGAUGACGAAGAUAUGUUGUCUGGCGAAGAUGACUCUGGAGAUGAUGAAGCCGACGCCGCUUCAAGCGCGGACGACGAAACUGCAGCUGCAGAGGUUCUAGAGAGAGCCGCUACACGUGGCCCAUCUCAAGACGAGGCACGGAAACGGAAACGGAAACAACGAGAUGACGACGAGGACCUCGAGGCCAACUACCUCGAGCGCUUGGCAAACGAAGAAGAGCCGUCGGGAAAGCGGCACAAGGCAGACUCGACGGAGAAGGAUGUGGUGCCGACAGCUUCCAAGGUUGAAAAGGAGGACGACGACGAAUUAGGAGGUGACGUGCCCGUUCACGAAUCAGUCGCUGCCCGCCCUGCAGUAUCCGAGCUAGAGAAGGCGAACCGCACCGUCUUCCUCAGCAACGUUGCAGCCGAAGCGAUUACUUCGCGCAAGGCCAAGAAAACGCUGCUCAAACACCUCUCGUCCAUCCUUGACAAGAAAGCAGACCCGCCUCAAAAGGUAGAAUCGAUACGAUUCCGCUCGACGGCUUUUGAGUCGGCAGGGAUACCGAAACGCGCUGCAUUCAUUAAGAAGGAAGUCUUGGAGGCCACCACAAAGUCUACCAAUGCCUACGCCGUCUAUAGUACCACUGCGGCGGCGCGGCUCGCUGUGGCGCAGCUGAAUGGCACCGUUGUGCUUGAUCGGCAUCUCCGUGUUGAUAGCGUAGCCCACCCGGCAGCUGUCGAUCAUCGCCGCUGCGUUUUUGUCGGUAACCUCGGCUUCGUAGAUGACGAGAGCGUAUACAACGUCAAAGUUAAUGAAGAGGGCAAAGAGGUGGGUGAGCGGCGCAAACGGACCAAGACACCAAUGGACGUCGAGGAAGGGCUCUGGCGUGUCUUUGGCAAAGAGGGCGGCAAAGUUGAGAGUGUCCGCGUCGUGCGAGACGCCGCGACCCGCGUAGGCAAGGGCUUCGCCUACGUCCAGUUCUACGACGGCAACUCAGUCGAAUCGGCGAUCCUCAUCAACGGCAAGAAAUUCCCCCCGAUGCUCCCGCGCGAACUCCGCGUCACCCGCUGCAAAGCCCCGCACAAGACAGCCCGCGCAAUGGAGGCACGCAACCAAAGAGCCCCCGCGGCUUCCGACCGCAAGGGCGGCAAGCCCGGCACCGGCAGCAACAGCGAAGGAAAGUACGUGCCCAAGCCCACGGCCGAGUCCCAGACCCUCGCAGGGCGCGCGAGCAAACUGCUCGGCCGGUUUGGCGCGGCGAAGCUCACGGGUAAGGCUCCCGGUCUGAACAACAAGAAGAGGCGGGACCGGCGCGACCGGUUUGUGAACCGCGGCGGCGAGGCCGCGGGCGGGGAGACGAGCGGGAUCAAGGGGCCGGAGCAGUUCGUCUUUGAGGGGCGGCGCGCCAGCGCGAAGGACGGCAAGCCCAAGGACUUGAAGUUCAAGAAGGGGAAGACCAAGGCCAAGCCGCCUAAUAAGAAGGGCAGGGGUGGCAAGGUUGGAAAAUACUAG